CGGAAAUUGAUAAUGGACUUCCGACUAAACAAACAUCAACUCUAGAGUCUAUGACUAUACUAUAUAGAAUAUAGAUCUAGAUCUACUAAUUUAGACUGAGAUCGAAACUCUUUGCAAAAAAUAUUUUACAAGAUAUCUAGAAACUACAGCUAGUCUAGAAUAAUCUAGACAGACUAGACUAAGAAUCUGUGUUUUUACUGCAUUUCAGUCUUCAUAUAAAAUCAUGAUGGGAAGCCUUAUUUUAUUUGAAAUAGUUGUCAUGAUGACUUUGUAUGAUGUCACUGCCCUAGAUGUAAAAUCAACAUUGACUUAUCCAAGUGACAAUAUUAAAGGAAAAAGUGCAGUUCUCAACUGUGCCUGGACUACUAGUGGCAGUGAAGAAGCUGGUGUUGUAAAUAUCAAGAAAAAUGACACAAACUAUUUUACAUGCACUGUUUAUAGAACUAACUCAUACUCAUGUGUCAAAAGUGUUCCAACGUCUCCUGACAGAUUCACAACUGUAAAUGGAGUGGGAAAUAUUUCAAUGACUAUAGGCAACUUGGAAUGUUUAGAUGAAGCAACAUAUAGCUGUCAGGUUAUUCUGUUUACUCCAACUGGUCAAUUCCAACAAGCAGACACAGUUUUAAGAAUAAAAAUUCCUCCAUCAAGUCCAGCAUUAACCAUUGACCAGACUGAAGUUAUAGAAAACUCAAACAUUAAUGUUUCAUGCACUGCUACUCUGGGCUAUCCAAAUGUGGGACAGAUUGUUUGGAAAACUUACCAGAAUGGAAUACUAUUUACUCCGUCACCUUCAGACAUUAUUAUUAGCAGCACUAAUGUUGUCCAGCCUGGAGAUGACAUAUGUACAGUAAGGAAUCGAAGCAUUGCUCUUCUAAAAACCAGCAGAAACAAUCCUAAUAUCAGUUUAGCUUGUUUUGUUAUCAAUCAAGAUUUCUCGCCAUCAUCUGAUGACUCAUGCACUAAUCCAACAGCUCAGUGGUGUAAUUUGACUGCCACUGUCAAUAUUGUUUAUCCAGUAUCCAAUAUACAAUCGACCAUAGUGCCAAGCACUGCACUAUAUGAAGGAGAUGACAUUUCCCUAAGAUGUUCUGUUGAGGCAAAUCCAUUACCAACUUUUACUUGGACUAAAGUGGAUGACAAUAGAACACUGACAAGUGAAAUGGAUGGAUUAGUUAGUGUUCUGAGACUAACCAAUUUAAAUUUAUCAACUGAUGCUGGUGACUACAACUGCACAGCUUCCAAUGUAGUGAAAGGUGUGACCUACACAACUUCAAGAGCUAUUACACUCAUUAUAAAUAAGGCCACCACACCAGCGCCUACAACAACAACAACACGAAGAACUACCACAUCAACUGUGACUAGUCCACCGACUGGAAACGACUCAACGGGAGCUAGUACUGGAGACACAGAUUCUAGUAACACAAAUAAUAUUAUCAUUGGCGUAGUUGUCGGUGUUGGUGGUGCCCUGAUAAUUGCCAUAAUUAUCAUCAUCAUUGUGUGUUACAGAAGAAAGAAAAAUAUACCAAAAUCCAUUGUUAAUGAGCCUGCUGAAAAGACCUUCAAUAACAACACCACCUACAAUAUCAACUUGACCAAUGCCAGCAUGAAGAGUCCACAGCCUGACCUUGUGGCUGGAGAGAAGAAAAUGAACAGUUCUAGUCUCAACAGUUCCUUCGACCUGAAGAAUGAUGGUCUAGGGUAUGCUGACCUGACCUAUGAUAACAGACCCAGGAGCAGGAAGCCAAUGGCCAUCACUGACAAUGGAUCCAUUUAUUCCUCUGAGAUUCAGAUGCCAGAAGUGUAGUUGCUACUUGAUUACUUGAGUUAUGACUGCUGUGCAUUUCUUGGUUGUGUAUUGUAAAAGAUGAAAGUAUGAAAAGAAUACAAAAUAUUUCCCUACAAACUAUUUCAAUAGAUCAUUGUGAAAAUUAUUUUUUUUUCAGUUGUAAGUAGAAUAUGGUUUUAAGUUAUUGUAGCAUGUACUUUUAGUUCAAUUAAUUUGUUUUUAUUUGUACAGAACCAAUUUAGUUUUACUGGAUUGGCAAGGUUUGUAAAGAAUGAAAAAAUAUUUUUAAAGCUUUUUUCUCUUCUUCAAAGUAAGUGGUUUCACUCUUCAAAAUAAUUUUCAUGUAUAUAUGUUUGUCAAUUAAUCCAUUACCAAGGUAUUUGUGAGAAACUGGGUUUGUUGUGUUUCAACUAAAAAUAAGUUUAAUUAACAUUCAACACACCCAGUAUAAGAGUUUCAUAUUAUUUGUAUGUAAUAUAAUUUUACUUUUAUUGAUGUUUAACAGAUAAUGAUUGUUAUGUGACAAAUGCACAACAUUUUAGAAAAAUACAUCUGUGUGGCCUUAACCGUACAAUAAGUAUCUCAAAGCAGAUUAAAAACUAGCAAAUAGUCCCAUUCUGAAAAUGCCUUCCAUUGCUAUGAGAUCAAAGUAAUGAUCUGGCAUGCACAGUGUCCACUUCUGUGUUUAUUGUUGUUGUUUUUUUGGUCAAAGCCAUGAUUAAGUUUCUCAUCUUGUAAAGCAAUAGACCAGUUAAGUUUAAAGUCUGAUGAGAAACAUCUUGACAUCAAAUGGCCAUUGUGGAAGACUGCCUUCCUUUUGAAUGAGUGAAAUAAAAACCAGUUUCAAUUGCUUGCAUCCAUUGCACAAGUUGAUAACUAGAUGAAUCCUAGAGUGUUGUGCCAAAAUUUAUUUUCUUCCUGAGUUGUAUCAGAAUUGUUGUGAGGUAAAACUGAAUAGUUCCUUAAUUAGUUGGCUUUGGCCAGGGACAAUUUGCUGUCAUUUUCCUUUAUCUAGAGAUUGAGAUUCUAUUAUAAUAAAUUAAGGUUAUUCUGCUAGCAAUCAGUUUUAUGUGUCUAGUGAGUCUGUUGCAAUGUAGGACACUACAAGAGCUCUUCAAGUGAUGUUGUAAGCGUCCUUCAGUCAGACACUAUCACCUUUAUAGUGUUAAUUAGUUCUCUAUUUUGAUCAGCCAUUUAACAACCAAAGAGUUGAAUGGAAAGGACAAAUUAACUUUUUGUAUGCUUUGUGGUUGUGUUGUUACUGUAUCAUCAAGGAAUGUAGACAAAGGUGUCUCUCUUUGGUGUGAAGAGAUUUUUUUAAUGUUAAAUAUUGAUACAUGUGGCAAACUUAAUAGUAACUUUUUGUAUCCUCAUGUGUACAUAGCCUUCAUCAAUAUUUGUGAAUAUGACAUCAAUAUGAUUGUUAGUUGUAUUGGUGUUUUUUUUUCUCCCUGGAUCUGGUCUUGAAAAUGUAUUUUAAAAUACAUGAACUGUUUAAGAUAUUUUUUGUGCAAGCAAUUUCAUUCUAUAUCAAAAUAAUAGCUGUUUGGGUUUAUGUAUGCUUACUUUUUCAUAUCAAUGUAAAAUUGACACUCUUGGAAACAAAUUAUUUUCAAUGUUAGUUCAACGGUUGUGUUUGAUUUUGGUAACAUUCUGGAGAUCGUUUUUUAUUAUUAUUUUAUUAAUUCAUUCUAUAAAUUGUAACACCUUUUAAUAUAUAUCCAAAAGUAACUUUUUAACUCAGACCAAAAUGUAAAUUUUGUAUUGCAACUUUUAAACUAUAUUGAUAACAUAUCUAUUUAUUAGUUAAUAGUUACUUACUGUCAGAAUACUAACUCUUACCUGAAAAAUUAAAAGUUUGAUAAUACGAAUUGUAGUUCUAGAAUUAUGUUAAAAACAACAGUUGAAAGUUAAUUUUCCAAUUUUAACUUUUUUUUUGGUCACAUUUUUUUCAGUGAUCCAUUUGUUCCCCAUAUUUUAAAUGUACCACUGUUAGUACAAAACUGUAUAAAAAAAAUUAAU